AUGCUGCUGCUACUACUACUAUUGCUAAUAUUACUACAUACUGCUAUUGCUAAUGCUACUACAACCACUGCUACUACUACUUCUACUGCUACUACUACUACUACUACUACUACUACUACUAUUGCUAAUACCACUACUGUUAUUGCUACCACUAUUACUGCUGAUGCUGCUGCUACUACUGCUACUGCUAAUACUACUACUACUACUGCUACUACUAUUACUCCUGAUUCCCCCUGUGUGCUGGAAUUCCUGCUGGCACCCAAGUCUGGUCUCCCUUACAUACCAAUCGAGAGCCAAUAUCGCGGGGAGCUGAAGACUGUUGAUAACCUGUGA